AAUCGCUUAGAAAAAGCAAAGUUCCUCUCUGAGUUUGCAACAUGUAAAUAGGGAUUAGUGGGUGGGAUUGCGGUGUGCUCCGGUGCAUAAAUAGAGGUUGGGCAGAGCUGGCACACUAGGAAACUUGGACGGCACAGAGGCCACCUGGCUCACACAGACAGGUGGGUGGGGAACUCCAGAUUUGCCAUGGAGAAGAUUUCAGUAUCAACAUUCUUACUCCUGGUGGCCCUCUCCUACACUCUGGCUAAAGAUACCACAGUCAAACAGGGAGCUAAGAAGGACACAAGGGACUCUUCACCCAAACUGCCCCAGACCCUCUCCAGAGGUUGGGGUGAUCAACUCAUCUGGACUCAGACGUAUGAAGAAGCCUUAUAUAAAUCCAAGACCAGCAACAAACCCUUGAUGAUUAUUCAUCACUUGGAUGAAUGUCCACACAGUCAAGCUUUAAAGAAAAUGUUUGCUGAAAAUAAAGAAAUCCAGAAAUUGGCAGAGCAGUUUGUCCUCAUCAAUCUAGUUUAUGAAACAACUGACAAACACCUUUCUCCUGAUGGCCAAUACGUCCCCAGAAUUAUGUUUGUUGACCCAUCCCUGACAGUUAGAGCCGACAUCACUGGAAGAUACUCAAAUCGUCUCUACGCUUACGAACCUUCUGACGCAGCUCUAUUAAUUGACAACAUGAAGAAAGCUCUCAUGUUGCUGAAGACUGAAUUGUAGAGAAAAGACAAAAUUUGCAAGCUUUUGCCUCUGCACUAGGCCUUGCAACUUGGAACCAGAGGAGAUAUCAGCAGACCCUGGAGAAGGCAGAAGCACUGCUGGUCAUGCUGAUUAGAUUAUGGUUUAAUCUAAUCAUGUGGUUAUAACAGCUGGCUUUUGUUUUUUGUUUUUUUUUAAUGUGGUGGCAAGUAUACAUGUGGGAAAACAAUGUUGUAUACUACCUUAGUGAGUCAUACUUUAAAAAAAAAAAUAAAUCCUUUUGGGGGUGUUCAAACUUGUUGUCUUUUUUUCCCCAAACUUGGUCUUUCACAGAAAAUCUAUUUGGUUCAUUCACCAAAAGGACGUUUGAACAAAAAAUGUUCAAAGAGGGGACAAGACAAAACUAGUUCAAGCACUGAAGACCAAAGACAGUCAAAGUUAUCAUCUCACCUCGCUGUAGCUUCUCACUGGGUGACCAGAGGUAGACAUUAGCUUAAUCAACAGCAGUGUCAAAUAGUAUGCUUUAGUGUGGAGGACUAUGUAGAAAGGCAUCCCAAGAAAAACAGUCACCUGAAUUUAAGACGACUCCUGGCCUAAAAUGCCUAUGCUAUGUCCACAUUUUAAUUUAGCAAUUCAAUUUUAGUUAGAUUUUGCUCAGCUGAAUCUUCUCAGAGAAAGCCUCUGGCAGGUAGCUUUCUCCUUCAGACUAAUGGUCAUUUCAAGAACAUGUGAACCCAAGAAUACAUACAAGCUAAAGAAAUCCUGAAAAUUGGCCUUACAAUACACAUGGUCUCUGUCAAGCUUUCAGAGUCCUGGCCUGAAAUAAAUUCAGUUGAAUUGUUCCCAUCUUCUUCACCAAAAUGUGACUAAGAGAAGAGCGAAGGGCAGUGAUAUCCUGUCUAUGGGGCAGAGAUCAGAGGUCACUACUUAUCUUUGGAAAAGCUGAGAGGGCAAGGCAUCAGAUAGGGGAGUAGCUUUACCUACUUUAACUCUUUAUCGCCUGACAAAAAUCAAAACUCUGUAUUAACUUCUUUAUGACAUGUUGAAUAAUUUCACAUUCAUCAGUGUACGGAAUUCUUUUAUCACCCAACCCCCACUGACUUAUUUAGCCCCUGAAUGGCUAUGGUGGUCUGUACAAUGCUUUGCAUAUUAUUAUUAUUAUUAUUAUUAUUUUGUCUUGAAUAACUUUUUUAGCUAGCUCCUUUUCUGAAUAGAUCCUUUGGCAUUAUUAACUUCUCCAGAGCAGAUAAUAUAUUUUAAAUACUUUUCUAUCUCACAGUACUUUGACAGAGCUAUUCCCUAAUUGAUUGUGAGGCUAUAUCGUUGAUUUAAUGACAUAAAAAUCCUCAGCAAAAAUAUCACCAGAGGGACUAGAUUCCCUUCUUAUACAUUGGUAGCGUACAUGUACUUAAGAUAAAAUAUUCCAUUUAGAAAGUUCUCUGAGGGUUAUUGGGAGGAAAAGAGUUUUCACAAUUCAGUAAUUCCAUUUCUGAGUAUGUGCACAAAAUAACUGUAAAUAGGGAAAAGAUAUUUGUACGCUCUUGUUCAUAGCAUUAUUUACAACAGCCAGGAGGUAGAAGCAACCCAAAUAUUCACUGAUGACUGAAUGGAUAAACAAAAUGUGUUAUAUAUACACCAUGGAAUAUUCUCUAGUCUUUAAAGGGAAGGAAAUUCUGUCAUAUGCUACAUGCGUGAACCUUGAAGACAUCAUGGUAAAUAAAAUAAACCAAUUUCAAAGGAACUACUGUGUGAUUCCACUUAUAUGGGGUCCCUAGAGUAGUCCAAUUCAUAGACAGAAUAUAAACUGGAGAUUGCCAGGAUCCGAAGGGGGAGGGGAGUGGGGAGUUACUAUGUACCAGUCAUAGAUUUUCAAUUUGGGAAGAUGAAAAAGUUGUGGAAGUAGAUGACGACGAUGACUGUGGAACAAUGUGAAUGUACUUAAUGACAAUGAAUUAUACACUUAAAAAUGGUACGGUGUUAAGUUUUCUGGUACAUAUGUUUUCCCACAGUAAAAAUUUUAUCAGUUUUACCUGAGGCCCCACAGCUUUGUGGGCGGAGGGGGGCAGAGGAACCAACUUUUUAAAAAGUUGGUAACAUAGAUCAUCUUUUACAUGAAAGAUCAAUAUGUUUGAUUAAACCAUCUUUACCUGUUUUAGAGCCACAGUCUUCUUCAAAUGAUUAUGACCAUCUAGCUCUGCUUUGGUUUCUCAUGUGCUUUACACAUUCAGUAAUCCUAAGUAGCUACCUUCAGCAAUCACUGGCAAGAAUAGGAGCUAGGCAAAGAACAGAAAAAGCUCUAAGGCAAGAACAGAAUUUUCUCCAGUGCCUUACAAAUGAGGCAGACUUCAAAGUUCAAGUAAAGUCAACUUAACUUACUAAAAAGCCCCUUGUCAAGUUAUGACCUUAUCUACCUGUAAAACAGAAUCUGAAAGUAAGCAAAAGUGGUUUUGCCUUCCAAAUGAUAUCAAAGUCCAUUCUUUGACAUAUAUUUUAACUAACAGGCAACUAACUCCCUUAAGCCUUUAUUUGAAAACAAAAUUCCAAAGCUGAUUUUCUUGAGAGUAGAUGAGAAGCAGCCUGGCGCACGGCAAAAGCGUCUGACUAUCUCCUUUUCUACUGUCUCGAGAGGUCUUUCAAUGACUACAAUUGCCAGGUUGUGAUCUGACAUUCCAGAAAAACUCCAAUAUCAAGAGCUCUAUUUUCUUUUCUCUCUCUCUCCCUCCCUGGGGUGGGGUGGAGGGCAUUGUUGGUUGUUUCCUUAGAAUGGUUCAGAAAACAUUCACUAACAACGCAUUUUGUAAUUGCACUUGGCAUAGAGAGCCAGGGGUAAAAACUGCCAGCCCCAAACAUAACCAAGUGCAGAACAACUUUACACAAACCCUCACUCAUCCAGAAACCCGGAAGAAAACUUGGUCGGUAACUUUAACGUCAUCACUAAUAAAACAAUCGACAUGUGAAUGAAUGAUCAUAUUUGUAUAAGCACCACGCCUGAAAGUGUUUUUUGCCUGUGAAAUAUACUGUGUAAAAAUGUGAUUCUAACUUUUCAUACCAGCUAAAAAGUAGUUUCAGAUAUUUACUCAGCGUAUUUUCAAAAGAAUGAAUAAAUUUUAACAGGGUUAAAAAAAUAUUUAAGAAAAUUAUAGGAGGAGGUUUUGGCUUAAGGACACUAAGAACUAAAAGCCACACUCUGGUUGCUUUUCCCUCUCUGAAAGGCUCUGUUCAGCUGCAUAUUACUUAGGUUGAACACACAGAACUGGUUUUCAUAUCAAACUCAUGGCUGCUUAGAAAACAGAGUAUCUGGGAUGAAUUUAUGCCACAUGUGCUCAGACUUUAGAAAUUAUAGUCUAACAGUUUUCCUUUGGAUUAGCAUCUUAUUCUCUAAAAUUUUACCUUUACCAUCAAGACUGACUGGGCAAAUGUUCUAAGAAAUCUUCCUCUAAGUGGCACAUGUAAAUAGGGAAUAAGAGAAAUAUAUAAGUUACAAAGUUCCUUUUUUAAAUAAGUGCUAGGUUUGCGGGGGAGGAGGGCAGGGAAGCUCCAGGGUUUUGAGUUUGCCUUACAGCCAUUUGUUGUAAUUCAAGGACAGACUCGAUCUGAAACUCACCCUCCUGUGAGGCUUUGUUUGUGGUAGCACUUCUGCGCCCACAGGCAGUGGUGCUCCUGGAAUUCUGUGAUCGGCCUGACUUCCCCAGGCUCACCAGCAGCCAUUUAGGAUUCAGGAUAGACCCAUUUCAGAGGCUUUUCAUUCUGUAGAAUGGGAGCUGUACCUCUCUGCACCCAGACACAAAGAUCAGAGAGACCUCCCAGAA